GCGAGACUGAGCCGGGAGCACCUCCCGGUGGGACCGAGCCCCCGGGCAUCCCCGACAGCAGCGAGCCCCCAGGUAAUGCUGAGCAGGCGAGCGGCCCCCAGUGCGCCGAGCCCCCGGGCAUCCCCACCGCACCGAGCCCCGGGUGGUACCUCCCGGUGGUACCGAGCCCUGGUGGUACCGAGGCACCGGGCAGCCCUGGGCGUUGUGGAGCGGGUGAGAACCCCUGGCAGCGCUGAGCUGUGAGAAGCACCGGGCACCCCCGAUGGUACCGAGCCCCGGGCAGUACUGAGCCAGUGAGUGCCCCAGCUGGCACCGACCCCCGGUGCCCACGGGGGGCACUGAGCCCUGAGCAGUCCCGGUGACACCCAGCCACUGGGCAUCCCUGGGUGCCACCAGGGCAGCGAGCACACCUGGGUGGUGCUUAGCCCCAGGCACUGCUGGUGGCACUGAGCCCCGGGUGGCAUCCAGCUCCUGAGUCUCCCUCAGUGGCACCAAGCUCUGGGUGUUCCCACACCAGUGGGCAGCCCUGGUUUCCCCCAGACCAGUGGGCACUCCUGGUGGCACCAAGCCCUUGGUGGCACUGAGCUGGUGGGCAGUCCUGAUGCUGCCAAUCUGCCGGUGGUACCCACCUGUGCUGAGCCUGAACGCCCUUGGUGGCACUGAACUCUGGGCAUCCUCUCGUGGCAUCAAGCUGGUGGGUGGCACUCUUGGAGCUGUGGGUUUCCUUGGUGGGGGCACUCCAGCCCACACCCUGCCAUUGGCGCUGCCUGGGAGCUUGGCUGUCACCAGCAGGCCAGGGUCUGGCUCCAUCCCUCUUCCCAACCUCCUCCAUUUUAGGUAUUUCUCAGCUCGGGGCUUCUCAGGGAGCAGGAGGCAGGGUCAGGAUCCUGGGGCCUCCCCCAUGGAGGUCCUGGGCUCUGGGCCUGCUGCCCUGGGGCAGACUGGCACAUGAUGGGCAGGGCUGUGGUUACAGACGCUGCCUUGCUCCCAUCCUGCAGAUGGGAGAGGGGAGGCCCCACCACCCAUGGAUGCCCCGGGAAGGGGGGCUCUGUGUGCCCAUCUGCUGGGUCAUGCAGGGCCCCGUCCCCCCAGCCCUUGGCCCUGCCCGGGCCCGUCCCAGCCAGCGUCACCCGUGGGAUGCUCUGAGUCAGCAGGAGUCUGUGCUCCAUCCUGCCCUCGGGGAGCCCCCAGCCUGAGUGGGGUGUCAGGGAUUCAAUCCCCCCUUGCCAGCGCUGCCAUCCUGGUGAUGAAUAUUCUGGACUCUGCCAGAACUGACUGUGAACGCUGGCUGCACUGGGGCCAGCGUGGGGGCCGAGGUCUCCCUGCCAGCCCCUCGUUUCCAUCACCAGUCCCAGACGCUCAGGACCAAGCGUGUGCACACGCAUGUGCACGUUCAUGUGUGUGCACACGUGUGUGUGCCUGCACAGCUGCUCCACCCCGGCCUGGCCGCGCUUGCUGUCGGCACAACCAUGAGCUCACAGCAUCAUCCCCAGUGCCCUGCCCGCCCCGUGCCCCCUGCCCCGGCCGCCACCCCCUGCCAGCCCCAUGCCGGGGCCGGAGCGUCCCGCCGCACGGUCCCCCACCGGCGUGUCAUGUCCGAUCAGCGGCCAGGCGGGUGCCUGGGGCGAGGGGCUUUGUGCCCGGGCAGCGUGGCUGCACAAACCCCCCCGGCCGCGGUGGCCGAGCCCAUUCAGCUCCAGCGGCCUGCGGCUAAUCCGAGCUGAUGCCUGGCUGCGUGGCGCGGGCGGUGUCCGGUCGGGGUUUUUUGGAGAAGCCCAGCUCCCUGCUCCGCUGGGGCAGCAGGGCACCUCUCCCAAGGGACCCCCGGCUUGUCCUGCCCGGCAGGUUCCUGCGGGACGACUACUCCAUCCAGGUGGCCAUCAAUGACUACCUGGACAUCUACUGCCCGCACUACGAGGGGGCGGUGCCCGCCGGCCGGGCUGAGACCUUCACGCUCUUCAUGGUGGAUCGGGAGGGCUAUCGCGGCUGCUACGAGACCCCCGGCGCCUUCAAGCGCUGGGAAUGCAACCGGCCCCGGGCGCCCUUCGGGCCCGUCCGAUUCUCCGAGAAGAUCCAGCGUUUCACCCCCUUCUCACUCGGCUUCGAGUUCCAGCCGGGGGAGACCUACUACUACAUCUCCGUGCCCAGCCCAGAGAGCGCCGGGCGAUGCCUGAAGCUGCGCGUCACCGUCUGCUGCCGAGGCACUACGCCAGAGCCGGUGACAGAGGUGCCGAAUUCGCAGCCCCGAGGGCGCGGGGGCCCCGAAGAUGUGGCUCCUGCCCGGGGCACCGCGGUCCCAUCACAGCCCUGCACCCCAUGCCUGACGCUCGUGCUCCUGGCCCUGCUCUGGAUCUGACCCCGGCGCUGCCCCUGGCGGGGGGAUGGGCUCCUCUGCCCCAACGCCGCUUCCAGAGUCUUCCUCCCAGCCAAACCCCCGAGCCCGUGGGGCAGCCCCAGGCCAUGACCCGCCUGCUGGACCUCCGCAAAGCCGAGCUGGGGCCGGGAGCUCCGGACUGGAAGGGCCAUCGCAUCGCCGCACGUCGGGAUUCCCGCGAGUCCUCGCGCUGGGAUUGCCACACCCCGGCACUGCCCCAUCGGCCACCGGCCCGGCGCUGGGGUCCCCUCAGCGAACGCCUGCUCUGCCCCACGGCCAUCACCUCAUCUCGUGCCUUUCCCCACGGACCCCCUCCCCUGGGGCCCAGGGACCCCCGACCCCGGAGCGGGGCAGCAGCUCCGAUGGCGGCAUCCGCCGCUGCUGUGUCCUCCUUCAGCGAGGACACGCUGAUCUGUCUUCUGGGAAGACGCCUUCCUCCGUGCCCUCGGUUUGGUUUUAACCCUUGGUAGUGACUGAGCAAUACAAUAUUUGCAAGAUC